ACGUUCUAUACACUUAAAUUACUUUACUAAACUUAAACUUUGAGAAUUGUUACUCUAUUUAUGAAACCUUGUACACUCUUUAAAAAAGAUCCUUUAGCACCACCUAUAUGGUUGUACAGAGGCGAUAUAUAAAGUAUGUUUUCUGUAACUCUCUAAAAAUGGUUCCUCUAUGAUAACAAGCUUGUGGUACUAUUAAAGCACCAUUUCGUUUUUAAUUUAAUUUUAUUUUUUUGGAGAAAAAUCACCAAUUAUAUAUUUACAGUUAAUAUUUGCUUUAAAAACUAAAUGUGUAAAAUGUCUCAAAUAAAAUUUUGAAUAAAUAAGAAAUGCUCGAAGCUACAGUGUGCCCAGUUUUGUACUGUGCAAAGAUUUUGGAUUAGUAGUACAAUGUUGUAUUUGUUGUCUUUUGCAGUUUCUUUACUGUAUUAUAUCCAUAUCUGAUCUUUAUUCAUUGUUCAUCUGAGGAUUCAGACUAAAUCAGGAUGUUGACCACUGCAGCUCUUAUUCUCAUUGUCACCAGUAAAGUUGUCCUAGGACAGGAUGACAGACGAGCUAUUAAAGGACAGAGAUUUCCUUUAGGUAUGGCAGAGAAUUCAGUUGAUGACCGGUAUGAUGGCUGUACAGAGAAGAUGAAAAAACAGGUGGAGAGAGAUUAUUUUAACAAAGAAAUUGAUGAUAAUAAAUCAGGCUUUGGAAAAGCUUGGAAUCUCAGUAAAAUUAAAUUCCCUAAACCACAAGAUAACUUAGCUAGAAACCAUUUAAUUGCCAUUUAUGUGUAUACUGGUGCUGUACCAGGCCUAUAUAAAGAAUUCAAUCAGGAUGUUAGGACCGGUAGAGAGAAAUACAAAAACAAGAAAUUCUCAUGGUAUACACUUUACUAUUGGUUGACACAAGCAAUACAGACUCUUAAGCAAACGCAAAAUGUAUGCAUAUCAACUUAUCGUGGUACCUGGGAUAUAUUUGAUGGUGACCAGAACGAUGAGAUUCGUUUUGGCUCUUUUGCAUCCUCCUCUCUUGAUCAGUUUGUAGCAAUGGGAUUUGGAACUGAAUCUUGUUUUGAAAUCAAGACUUGUCAUGGUGCUGAUGUGUCAGAAUACUCAUGGAAACGUGAUCAGAAAGAGGUGUUGAUUCCCCCAUACGAGACAUUUAAAGUCACUGAUAUAAAAAAUAACGACUGGUGUAAGACUGUGUUUGUGUUGAAGAGCUACAGAAUAAUAAGUAAUUUAAACUGUUCAGUGGCAUCAGGCAAGCCCAUGAAAUAUCACAAUGUCAUUAUCUCCGACUGAUCAGCAUUUACAUAUUAUCAUUUUUCUUUGAUAUAUUAAGCUAGCUUUCAGGAUUGCAGCUUAAAUGACCCAAAUGAGAAUCGAUUUUUUUAUCACAAGCAGAAUUAAAUGCAGCUUAACACGUUUGUUGCAUAUUUGUUGUUUUGUUUAUAAUAUAAUAAUAAAAUAUUUU